AUGCUUACUCUCAAACUCUUUGUGUACACAGUAGUGAUAUUUUUUGUUUCUCUCUUCAUCUUUGGGUUCCUAUCUAAUGAUCCAGGGCGUAAUCCUGGACGUGAAGAAUAA